ACGAUAUGGUGACGAGCGAGGGGGAAGCAGCAGCAGCAGCAGCAGCAGAAAAACCAAAACCAAAAUCAAAAUCAGAGUCAGAGUUGGCUGUAGAGCAAAUAUGUGCAUCUGCUGCACAUUGUGCUUCGCAUCAGCCACCAUUCAUCAACUGGUAUCGUCUUCUCAAAGUCGACAAAAAUGCAGACUCCGAAUCCAUUAGGAAGCAGUAUCAUAAACUAGCAUUACAGGUCCAUCCUGAUAAAAACAACCAUUCCAAGGCUGAAACUGCAUUCAAGCUUCUUUCUCAGGCAUAUUUGUGCUUAUCAGAUGAAGUGAGAAGAGCAGCAUUCGACUCGGAAAGGCGAAAGACUAUUGCCUGCAACAACUGCAACACCACCAAUAAUAAUACAUCAUCGGCACCGUCUCCAGCAGCAGCACCCCCAAAAAGAAUAAUACAAUAUCAAAGAUUCCGCCAACAAAUAAAGAAGCUCAAAGAAGAGGCAAUCAUCAUACAAAAAUGCUUGACACAAAAUGCAGCAGCAGCAGCAAAUACAGCUACACAAACACCUGUUUUCAAUCCAUCCGCCUACCACCACAAAGGGUAUCCUCAUUACAGAGUUGCAAACUUUAAAAUGCAGGAUUUAAUGGCAGGGUCUAGCAGGAUGGGAAGCAGAUCAUGUACGCGGAGUGCUGCAGCUCAAAAAGCUUACCCAGUUUUCCAGCCUCGACCAGAAAGAUGUACAAGUACAAGAAAGCAUUAAUCGAUAUUUGCACUGGAAAAGAUUUUCAUUCAGCCUAUUUAAUAAAGCAGUAG